GCUUGGUGUGAAUUAUCUACGCUGAACACAGAUCGGCCUGUGACGCGAUUGCUGGGCUAUCAGACGAAAUGUGGUAGCGGAUUCACGAUCUCCGAGGAUGUGUUAAAAAAAAUUGAAAACGGAAACGUACACCUAAGAGUUAGGUUUCUCUGAAGAGCACACGGUGCCCCUCCAUUGUUUGCAUGUUCCCCACGUCGCCCGCCUUGCAUUCGUCAUUCGCAGAACAAAGGUGACUUGUUCGAUACUCCAAAAAUGGCCACAGAGGGAGAAGACCGGCAGUCAUUUGCCGCAGCGUCGCCAAACGCAUCCACUCGAACAUUCAAUGUCGGAACACGAAGGUCGCUCCUUGCACGAGCGCAAGCGACAGAGGUCGUCAAGGCAUUGCGAGCGGCAUGGCCUGAGCAUAACUUCGAGAUUCAUGCGAUGAGCACAACCGGCGACAUCAACCAAAAGACUGCUCUCCAUAAGUUCAAUGAAAAAGCACUUUGGACUCAAGAGCUGGAGGUUCUUCUGGAAGAGAAGAAGCUCGACUUAAUUGUGCACAGUCUCAAGGACAUGCCCACGCAGUUACCAGUUGAUCUUAUCCUAGGAGCUGUGACUGAGCGCGAGGAUGCGCGAGAUGCAUUUGUUUUGAAGAGCAGUUAUGUCGGCACAUACAAAUCCCUUGAGGACCUACCAGAGGGAGCCGUGAUCGGGACAUCCAGUUUGCGUCGUUCUGCUCAAUUGAGACGAGCGUACCCGCAGCUGAAGUUUGCAGACGUCCGCGGAAACAUUGGAACUCGUCUGAGCAAGUUAGAUGAUCCAAACUCAGAAUACACGGCCAUUGUCAUCGCAGUUGCGGGCCUUCAGAGGCUAGGUUUGACAAACAGAAUCACCUCCUACUUAUCGAAAGAGAAUGGCAAGAUGCUGCACGCGGUCGGACAAGGAGCUCUGGGUAUUGAGAGCCGCAAUGGCGAUCAGGCCGUCGCAGAAUUGCUUUCGAGAAUCGGAUGCGAUCGUACAACCCGCGCGGUCCUUGCAGAGAGACAAUUGAUGCGCACGCUCGAGGGUGGAUGCUCUGUGCCUAUCGGCGUGGAAACGAGGUGGACAUCUAAAAGCGCGUAUUCCAACACGCAAGCUGGGGUUGGAAGCAAACCUGCUGAUGUCUACGAUCAACUCACCGGUGCAGCAAAGUCCGAGUCAAGUUCCGAUAGUGAUCUCUCGGAUGAGUUGAUCCUCAAUGCAAUUGUUGUCAGCCUCGAUGGCCAAGAUGCCGUAGAGAUUGAGACCCGCAGGGUUGUCACGACCCAUGAGCAAGCCAACGACUUGGGAUUUGAGGCGGCGAAAUUGCUCGUCAACAAAGGAGCCGACAAAAUUUUGGAGAAGGUGCAGUUAAACAGAGGUAUCAUACAGGAGCAGGGCAAUGCGUAGGAGAUGAUGGCAUAAACAGUGAAUGCAAAAGAAAGGCCCACAGAGUAUAUAGCUUCAAUGUGCAAGUGCUGAUGUGAAAGGUGAGACGAUUUCACCCUUUUGCCAGAUUUCAUGUUGCGGCGUAUCGUUGCCAUGUAUUGCGCGAAUGAUCAACAGAGAGCCCUUCCAUGCAAAAAUGUC